AUGAAUUGUCUUGCAUGCCAAGCCCUUCCAAGAACCCAAUCUGACAGGGAGAAUAAUCAUGGCUAUGAAACCCCCUCUAGUAGAGGUAAAUCAUGUUGCCUGUACGUCCCACGGAGGUGGUCGGCCGAAUUGACUCCCCACAACCCGAUCAAACUCGAUGAGGAUAUUAGCUCUUCUGAUCUCCACAAGAAGCCAAGGAGCCGUCGUGCUCGUAGUGGCGAUUACGGUGGGAACGAGCCGAGGUUGGUGAGAAGUUCGGGAAUGAGAAGGGAUUGGAGUUUUGAGGAUUUGGGAUUGAGAGAUCAUCAAAAGAAAGGGAGAUUCCAUUGA